AUGAGCCAGCAGUCUUCCCCUGCAAUGCGAGAUCGGUCCGAAAGGUCCCAUCGAGAUAGACGUACCACAAGCCCCAUUGUAUCCAAGCCGAGUAUCGCACUCGAGAGAUCUGCCACGGAUGGACGUCGAGAUCGGGAUCAACGGGAUCGAGAACGGACGCAACGCGAGCGACAGCGAAGCGUGAGUCCCUCUGCAAGACGGGCUCCUCAGCAGAGCGAUUCUGGCAGUGUCUCUGGACGGAACGAACGAGUCAGUCAUCGAUCCGCAAAUAAGCAACCACGUCGACGUACACGCAAAAGUGUUCCUGGUACCGGAAAUGAAGAGAUGAUGGCAUGGCGCCGAGGCGUUGCCAAAAGCCCGGGAGGGCUCAAACGGAAUACCACUCGAGAGAGGGCUGCCGUUGCCGCUCGUCAAUUAGAACAAGUGGCUCCACCGCUGUCGCCAGAUGGGGAGGAGGAGGAAAAUGGACGUCGAGAAAGCGUGGAUGACGACUUUGAUACCCUGGCAGCUUUACACAGGGAUGCGAAUCCUGGGAAUCCAGAACAUUUUAGCCGAUCAAGCCUUGUUUCUUUGGAUGGCAGUAUCAACAAUCAUAAAAAGAAGUCAAAGAAACGGUCCUCCAAGACGGCUGCUAUUGCAUCCAGCCAUGACAUUGAUCAAGUGAUUUCACAAUUCAGGGAACAGUGUGAUAUGCACAUGGCAACCCUUUUGGAACUGAAGAACAAUAUUACAACAACCGAAAAAGAAGUAAAUGUGAGCUCCGAAAAGGACAAGGAAUUUCAACAGGUUCGACAAUGGUACAGUGCAUUGGCAGAGAAACACACCAAACUGCAGAAAGAACAUCAAGCACUGCAAGAGGAACACGUCAAACUACAGGAACGGUACAUGAAUCUCAAGAGAGCCAGCAAUACACACGAUUCGUUCGUGGCACACUUUCCCGAAGCGGAAGAGAAAAAGAAGGAAAAGAAAGAAAAGAAAUCUGCUGUCGACAUUGUCUGGAGUCGGGCUGUCAAGCCCACUGGUAAAGCUGUGGGGAAUGUUGCAAGUAAAGUCACCAAGAAAAAGCAUCAGCAAUUGCAAUAG